AUGAGUUUAUCAGAGCCUUCUGAUGGCUUAUUUGGAACGUGCGUAGAAUUGGAUGUCAUAGAACGAGGAAUACGGCGUGCAUUGGGUACAAGUAAAAGAUGUGGAGCUAAUAAAACAAUUAAAAGAAUUGGAGAAGAUCAGGGUUUCUUUUCUCGGGUUGGUCUACUGCAAUGUAACUGGCCGUCCGAUGUUGAUAAAAACUUACCAAACCAAAUCGUAAUUAAGUUGACAACAUUAUUAAACACAGUUGCUAUGCAUAACCGGGCAGGAGCAAAAAAAAGUAUCGAAGGCAUGAAAAGAGACCGCCUCACAUGGACAUCAAAAGCACAAAAACUUAAAAAAUGGCAUAAUAAUGAAAUUUUAUUUUACGAGACAAUACAGGCUCUUCAAGCUCCUCCCUUUUUACCGCGCAUGUAUUGUUCUCGUAAAUUUGAAGACGAAUCUGGAGAUGUGGGUUUCAUUUGUAUGGAAUAUGCUGAUAAUUGUCAUGUGAAACAUAUAUACGAAAACUUAACAGUGAGCGAAAUCGAAAAGACAUUGGAAUCAUUAGCGGAAGUUCAAGCUGUAAUGGAAGGUGUAUCAGACGAACGCAAACGACUAUUCACAGUAAACGCUUACGAAGAGUUAUACGCAGAUAUUUUGAACCCAGAUGUACUAUCAUUCCGCCUUGAUGAACUUCGUCAGAUUGAUUCUUCGUUAACACCUCUUAUUGGCAGAAUAGAACAAGAAAUUGAUAAGUUGGUCUCAACUCGAAUAGCUAAGCGAGAGCAUAUAGACUUAGGUAUGCCUGCAAUUUUUGUACAAGGUGAUUUAUAUAGUACAAAUUUACUUUGGAAAAAUAACGAGAAUGGCGAUCGAGACUUGCAUAAAAUCAUUGACUGGCAGCUUUGUCAUUACGGAUGUGUGGCAGAAGACGUAGCUAGACUUUUCAUCACUUGCAUGUCCACAGAAGAUCGUCGUAUGCAUUGGGAACGUCUCCUUGAGCAAUAUCACAAUGCAUUGAAUCAAUUCAUGCGGAAAGAAAUUUUCUCGAUAGAGCAACUAAAAGUUUCGUACUGCCGAUUUUUCUGCUUAGCCGCCAUGGCCUUUGUGGCCACAGUUCCCGAAGUUUAUCGAGCGGCAACUAGAUCAUGUAGUGAGCAAGAAAAACAGGAGUGGAAAGAGUCGAUAUCAUCAAAAGUAAAAGGAAUUUUAGAGGAUGUUCUGUACUUCGCUACGCGUAAGAAAGGAUGA